AACUGUUGCAACAUAACAUAACGCCAUGAGUUUCCAAGACAAAGUCGUUAUCGUCAUUGGUGCCAGUUCUGGCAUUGGAGCAGCCGCUGCAAUCAAGUUUGCAGAAGAAGGAGCUAAAGUAGCCUUAGUGGGCAGAAACCAGGAGAAACUGAACAACGUCGCGAAGAAAUGCGAUAAUCCGUUAAUUAUCGCUGCUGAUAUUACUAAAGAUGAAGACGCUAAAAGAAUUAUUGAAGAGACCGUAAGACAUUUUGCAAAGAUUGAUAUUUUAAUAAACAAUGCUGGUACAGGAAGUAGAACAAAUAUUCAAGAUAAAAGCUACAUUCAAAUUUUUGAUCGAAUAAUGUCUACAAACCUACGCGCAAUGGUUGUGUUGACCCACCUCGCUGUACCACAUUUGGUAAAAACCAAAGGUAAUAUUGUGAACAUAUCAAGCGUUGCUGCGUAUCGAGUUAUAAUCCCCGAAAGUUCCGCAUACUGUGCAUCAAAGGCAGGAUUAGAUCAUUUCACUAGAGCUGUGGCACUUGAACUAGCCCCACACGGUGUUCGAGUCAACGUUAUUAAUCCAGGACCUGUAAGAACAGAUAUUAUUGAAAAUACUACGGGAGUAACAAAGGAAGAGGCGACAGCAAGGUUCGAUAGUAUGAAAACACUAACUGCACUCUCAAGAGUUUCGGAACCUGAGGAGGUAGCCGAUCUCAUCUUGUUUACAGCCAGUGACAAGUCUAAGGCUAUCACAGGAUCAUCUAUUGUAACUGACAACGGAAUGUUGUUGAAAUAAAAUUGAUGACAUAUCCCCGUUUAAAUGUAUACGCGUCAACUGUGUGUAUCUAAUACAAACACAAAGGCGCUUAUUAAUCCUUGUUAUUGUUAUUAAACUUUAGAUUUUGUUUUUAGCGAAAAUAAAUUGUGUAACUCAUUCAUAUACAUAGUUUUGUGAUUCCGUUUAUG